GGGAGGGGUCCCGAAGGGGAUCCCGGGGCAUUCCCGGCAAUUCCCCCGGGCCCGCCCCCCGCGCUCCCUCGGCCACUUUCGCUUUCGCGUCUCCCGAACUGCGCCCAGCGGGGCCAGCGGAGCAGCGCGAUGGCUCCAGCGCUGGGGCUGGGGGCGCUCCUGGCGCUCCUGGGGGUCUUGGCGGUCUCAGGGGGGCAGCCCGAGGUUCUCCACUCCCUGCGUUACCUGCACGUGGGGGUGACAGAGCCCAGCCCGGGGAUCCCGCAAUAUAUGGCACUGGGAUACGUGGAUGGGAUCCCCUUCACACGCUACGACAGCGAGCGGGGCCGGGUGGAGCCGCAGACGCCGUGGAUGGCGGCCGGAGCCGAGCCGGGAUAUUGGGAUGGACAGACCCAGAUCAACGAGGAGAACCAGCUCGUGGCUGCCCACAACCUGGGUGUUGGGCGGGAUCGGUACAACUGGAGUGGGGGUUUCCACGUGUGGCAGUGGGUUUCUGGCUGUGACCUCCUGUCCGACGGGAGCGUCCGUGGUUCCUAUUGGCAAGGCUACGACGGGCGGGAUUUCAUGUCCUUCGAGCUGGGAUCCAGGAGCUUCGUGGCGGCCGAUGGAGCUGCCCAGAUCACCAAGAGGAAAUGGGAACACGAUGGGAUCGAGGUGGAGAGAUGGACAAAUUACCUGGGGAACAUCUGUCCGGAAUGGCUCCGGAAAUACGUCGGAUACGGGCGGGAGGCACUGGAGCGCAAAGAUCCCCCCGAUGUCCACGUGUCCGGGAAAGAGGAACACGGGAUCCUGACGUUGUCCUGCCACGCGUACGGAUUCUACCCCGGGAUGAUCGGGAUCAACUGGCUGAAGGGGGAUGAACUGCGGGAUCAGGAGACGGAGUGGGGCGGGAUCGUUCCCAACAGCGACGGCACCUUCCACAGCUGGGCCAGGAUCGAGGCGCUGCCGGGGGAGCGGGAGCAGUACCGGUGCCGGGUGGAGCACGCCGGAAUGCCGGAGCCCGGGAUCUUCGCCUGGGAGCCGGAAUCCAUCUGGAAUUCCAUCCCGGUGUUGGUGGCUGUGUCCGUCAUCGCUGCCAUCAUCAUCAUCAUCGGCCUCGUGGGAGUCGGUGUCUGGAAGCUCCGAUCCGGGAAGAGGGAGGGGAAUGGAUACGACCCCACGCCCACCACAGGAAUCAAAGUCUGAGUGAUCCUGGAGCUGGAUCCGCCCCUUCCCUCUCCCUGUGGAAAGGCAGGAGCUGCUGGCAGAGCUCAUCCCGCUGCUCCCACCCACCCCGGCCCCCCUGCGGCUCUUCCCGAUGGAUCAACUUCCUGCUUUUUCCUGUGUGAAACCCAGGACCACAAUUAUUCCAGAGGCUUUAAUUUGGGUGUGAAAAUCUCCUGCUUUGGGCAAUAAAUCCUGGCUCCCUCCUCCGGCA